AGACCGAUCCAGUCGUUCGCUAAACGUCGGGCGAGAAACAAACGAGCAGAGUCCAUCUUCGACCUACCGUUCUCUAUCUUUUCCUCGUGUUAUUCGUUGUCCCACGAUUCGACACGCGUGCUCCGCGACAUUCGCUUUAUAUUUUACAUGACGGUAGCUAAAGGAGGAAGGUGCCCGGUGCAGGUCCGCCAGAGGCGCCGAUUUACAUUCCAUCGUUAUCGCAGCUCGGUUUUCGCGACACUGACAGCUCGCAGCAACAAAGUGCGUCGAUGUAAAUAACAGCCAACUGCUACUGUCAGUCUGGAUCGAAUACGAUACGAUACGAUACGAUACGAUACAAUAUCAAAUCAACACACAUGCUGCCGCUGCCACGCACAUGCCUAUGACGUGCCGAGUACAGGCCGUGCAGUGACGACACUCGAGAAAAAAUUUGAAUCCGAUUCUCCCGUUCACGUUGGAUCGUCGUCCGAAUUGCGAGGAACGCGACGUUUCUUAACGGACACCGACUCGCUUAUACUUUGAUCGAAUCGAGGGAAUGGAAUACGUACAGGCAAAACAAUUCGAAGCAGUUGAAACGCGUAAAAAGAGCAAGAUCCGAUGUUAAAGAUCGAGGCCCUUGCGCGACACGGUACGGCACUGAUCAAUGGCCGCCCGGACUUUGCAUCCGUUCCGUUGGCAGUAGUGCGCAUAGUAGUAUUCAGUGCGUCGUGCGAAAAGCAGUGGAGCUUGGCGAGGUCGCCUUUUGCGUUGACACGGAGAUUUUUUGGUGCGUGUUUUCGGUCUUGUUCCGCGACCGACAGAAUCCUGUUUAUCGAUGCACUCGUGUCGGUUCCAUCUUGGUGCAGUCCAACGAAAGUGAUGAAGUGUGACUCUGUGCGCGAACGUGCAGGGCGUAGCCAGUCAUUGUGGAAAAUCGCGUGAAAACGAGGGACGACAAGGCGGUGCGUGACAGUCAGAAUCUGCCAUUGGAAAGGAUAUCUUGUUAUCUUUAUCGCACCAGUGGCAUUUCGCGUACUCGCUGGUCUCGCUGCAUCAUCGUCAUCGCUAUCGUCGUUCUCCUUUCUCUCUCUCUCUCUCUCUCCCUCCCCUCUCUCUCUUUGUCUCUCUAUUGCCCACUCGCUCGCACGAUCUUUCUGUUUCUCUUUCUCUCUCUCUCUCUCUCUAUCUCUAUCUCUCCUUUUUCCCUGCCUCUCUUUCUCUAGCGUCUUAUUCCGUAACACCCUACUCAUCCGUGCCACUCUGUACGCGCUGUGGUGGCAAAAGCGAGGAACAUCCACGCAUGGUGCAGUUCCGAUCGCAACAAAGUUACGAAUUCAAGUACGAGGUGAACGAUCAACAUGAACGGCAGAUGACUGUUGGCCGAGCUGUUGCUCGUUCGAGUUUAAUAUGAGUGAAGUAGUGGCUGUUACACCCAGUGGUGGACCGACACGCCAGGAAAGCGUGGCACACGUCAAACGGCAUAAAUUAGCCAGCUGUAAUGUUCCUCUCGUCCACGGACGGACGAAUCCGCCGAUCAACAACCGUAACAGGCUGACCACCCAUCAACGAAAUCACAGUUUGGACUUUAGGUCAAUGGGUAUUCUGCUGCCGCCCGUUCCGCAGGCGAGCGCGACGACGCUGACGCAUCACCACAGAAAUCGAAGUCUCGAUUCCGCGCUGCAGCGUAUCCCGGAAGUGGACGUGACGCCGAGCCCGGAAUGCGAGACGACGCCCGCCCCGGUAGCUAAGGCCGCGGUGCCGGCCUGCAAGGUGCGCAGCCGGGAACGCGAGGACCUGGCCAGCCUGGGCUCCGAUGACUCGGGUAUCCUUUGCGGCUCGGACAGCGGGUCCAGCGACGCGACCAACGCGGCCACCAGAGAGUCGAGCGUCGACCAUCUUCACAGCCGCGAGAGCCUGGACUCCUCGCUGUCGCAGCCGGGCGACAUGGACGGCGUGGACGUCGUCGACGGCGACGAGAACGGUUGCCGGGCGACGUCGGUGUCGGUGUCGGUGUCGUUGUCGUUGUCGGUACCGGUGUCGCCGGUGGAACUGGUGCAUUCGAGCGAACCUCCGUCGAAAAGAGGCGGACACGGGAACCGCGGCGAACACGCGAACGCGAACACCGAGGGCACGCAGGAACCGCCGCCGCGAUCCGGUAGCGGCGGGGUCAAGGAACUCGAGGCGCACGAUUAUCAGCGCAAGGAACUCUGUACCGAAGUGCCGGUAACGAUCGACGAGCAGGACUUCCAGAAUCCGCUGGAGGUCCUGCCGGUGAACGAUAAACAGUGCGAGCUAGCCGGCGCGGCUAUGACUUUGUGUUGCGGGACGACCGUGCAGUCCGAAGCGAACGAGGCGGCCGUUAAAAAACAGCCCGGCGUCGUUUGCCGGAGACAAGAGACGGUGCAGCCGAAACCAUCCGAGGGUUGUCUGCUCAGACUAUUCGAGAGCCAGAUCUUCGACAUGUCUAUGGCGAUCUCUUAUCUUUUCAAUUCUAAGGAGCCUGGCGUCCAGAGCUACCUUGGGAACAAGAUGUUUAGUUUCCCAGAUCCUGACGUGGACUUCUAUCUGCCACAACUGGUUGUAAUGUAUAUACAACUGCACGAUGUUACAGAAGUCCUGUAUCCAUAUCUUGUCCAUAGGUGUAGACAGUCGGCGGACUUUUCUUUGAAAUGUGCCUGGCUAUUAGACGCGUAUAGUUCCGAUGCUCAUUUGCCAUCCAAGAAGAAGUCUCAUGGGACCAAAUUAAAAAAUCUUAUUCUCUCGGACGAACUCAGGCCGAAAGGAUACGAGCAUAGGAAGCACCGUGUAGCUGGUUUGCAGACACCGACUCCACCGUCGUUAACCACGAUGCAAAGCAUUACGUCUCCUAAUAAAAAGACACACCAAAGAUCUCAGUCGGAUGCCACUGGAUUAUUUCAAACGUUACGUCGUAGCCAUUCCGGUACAAUAAAUAAAGUAAGCCUUGGGGACCUGAGCUCUGGUCGAGCAUUUGACAAUGGUUGUACCUGUUUUUAUUCCUGCCAGGGUGUGGUAAAUGAUUUACGAGGACAGAAAACCGACUGUAUUUGCAAUGCGCCGCGUCUUGCUCCAGAACUCGAAUUCAUACAAGCGUUAAUAUCAAUUGGUAAAUUGCUUGGAACUAUUCCAACGAAGGAAAGUAAAACCGUUCAAUUAAUAGCAGAGCUUAAUACUCUCAACUUGAAUCUCCCUGCAAGGGUGUGGCUUCCUUUGCACAGUUCAGUACCACAUCAUAUCGUACGAGUGCCACCGCAAUACGCUGCUGUCCUAAAUAGUAAAGAUAAGGCACCAUACAUAAUUUACGUCGAAGUGUUAGAAGUAGAAGAUAUAUAUACGUCACCUGUGCCGACGAAGAUCGUGGGCCAUUCGUUGAGGCACACGAAAUCCGAGGAAAACUUAACCGGAGGCGAACAGUCCACCGUGAUCGCUUCGUCAGACAUAUCCACCACGGAGACGCAACAAAACGUGCCGCCGAUCAAGCAAACCCCGGUUAAAAAUACUUCCCCGUACUCGGUGAGAAGUACGGACGUGGCAUUUACUUUCCCGGAUGACGAUCCCAACGAUUGUUGGAGUCAAGAAGACGAUGAAAUCACUCAACAGUAUUUACAACUCCGUAAGCCUAAAGAUAGAGACACGAUAUCUCAAUUGAGUCAAGAGUCAUCGGAUAGUAAAGAACCAAUAUUUGUACCUGGCGAUAUAAAGCGACGGUUGAGCGAGAUGGCCGCUGCGCCUAGUGCAACUUUCAAUCACGAUCCGGAAGAUCCAUCGGCCGCGGUAUUGAAAGAACCAUGGGAAUUGAAGCAACAUCGCAUAAGGGCUUCCAGUCCGUACGGUCACCUCGCAUCCUGGAAACUUCUUGCCGUUAUCGUAAAGUGUGGCGAUGAUCUUCGGCAGGAGCUGCUCGCCUCGCAAUUACUUUCGAUGCUCCAAAGAAUCUGGCAAGAAGAACAAGUACCUCUUUGGGUGCGGCCGUACAAAAUUUUAUGCUUAUCCAAUGAUAGCGGUUUGAUCGAGCCGAUCUUGAAUACCGUAUCGCUGCACCAAGUGAAGAAACAGUGCCAAUUAACGCUCGUGCAAUACUUUGAACGAGAAUUCGGCCCACCCACAUCCGACACAUUUAUCACCGCACAAAGGAAUUUCAUUCAAAGUUGCGCGGCAUAUUGUCUCGUCUGUUAUCUGAUUCAAGUUAAAGAUCGUCACAAUGGGAAUAUUCUACUUCAUAGCGACGGUCAUCUGAUACACAUAGAUUUCGGAUUUAUUCUGUCGACCUCGCCGAGGAAUCUGGGCUUCGAGACUAGCCCGUUCAAAUUGACACCAGAAUUCGUGGAAGUGAUGGGUGGAAGUCAAUCUAAACAAUUCCAAGAAUUCAAAACGCUGAUCUUGCAAGGUUUAAUUGCGGCGCGGAAACACAUGGAGAAGAUUGUUAACCUCGUUGAAAUCAUGUUAUCAGGAUCGCAACUUCCAUGUUUCCGUAGUGGCGGGGCAGCGACUGUUCAAGGAUUGAAGAACAGAUUCCAUCUAACAUUGACAGAGGAUCAAUUACGCCGGCACGUGGAGGACUUAGUCGAAGCUAGUAUCCAUUCAUGGUCAACUAAAUUGUACGAUCGGUACCAAUAUUUCGCAAAUGGCACCCUUUAAUAAUAAUAUCAACGUUUUUGUCUUUGUGUGAGAAAGAGAAUGAUUUCUACGAGAGAGAGAGAGAGAGAGAGAGAGAGAGAGAGAGAGAGAGAGAGAAAUCUUUGAGUUUAAUGAUACGUGGUACUUCUUCCAUGAAAGGUAUAAAACUUUGUAGCAUUCCGUAAGCACAAAUUAUCUCUGAAUCGAAUUAUUUGAUGGCGGUGCAGAUAGUGAUCGAGAUACAUAGGGAAAUGCUAUCUAAGAUUAUAGAUUUAUUCCGAAUAGAAGAUAGGCUGAUUUCGAUAGGUUAAUUUUACUCGCUCUUAAAUUAUUCCUUAGUUUCUCGAUGAAAGGCUGAGCGUUGUCUUUUAAUGAAAAAUAUGGAAGAAGACGUAGGAAUGCCAUGCUCGUCGAUGAUUGAGAACGGCCUGCAAAUACGCGUACGAUUUGCAGAAUAUUCGAAUGCCUUGUUACGCCCGUGAAUGCUAGCGAUCGAAACAGGGAAUAAUUUAUGAAAUUUUUAUUGUUACGUUAAGCAAUAUCGAGUAUGUAUAAUUGAUUUUGUUGUAUACGUUCAAAUGACUAUGUAUGCCUUAUUGGCAAACUGCGAGUUAACUAUCGUCGGUGCAGACUUUGUGACAUUGACUGAAUGUUGGACUGCUAGAAUCGUUAUAGCCUAUAACAGCGUAAUUUGUUAAAGGUGCCUUAUUUGUAGAGAAAAUGGCGGAACGAUCGAAUCCGAACUCAGUGAAGUGACUACGUGCGUUGAUCUACCGGGAGAAAAAAAAAAGAAACUGAUCUAUUACGAAAAGGACAAUCUAUAAUUUGUACAUAAAAAUACAUUGCGUGAACUUUUGUCGAAAUCCAUUCGUAGUUAAUUUUCGGCAAUAACCGAUCCCACCACGAUAAUAGUGAUCCGAACGAUCACACACGGUGUUUUAAGAUUCUAUGCGGAGAAUCUCCAAGUGGAAGAAGCGUGCGAAACUGGCUCAGAUAUUAGCAGGAGACGAAUACUCAAAAUAUUUCCUACUUUAUAGAUUAAUACUAUUAUAAUUACAUUUAAUUGUAACGAUACGCUAUAAGAAGUAAUUAUUAUUAGUAAAAGUUUAAGGAUCACAAUUUGAAAGUUUUUACAUGUUCUUAUUACAUGCAUACAACAUUAAUAGUCAUAAAGAGCGAUAUCUUAGUUGUGUGAAGAUAGUUAUUUAAUGGUAUUUCUGCGUUAAACAUAUGUUCGUUUAAAUAAGUAAAUUAUAAAAGUGAAGAAGUAUUGUAUAUACAGUGACAAAUUUUAUCACUUAUCGGUUUAAGAUUCGAUCGAGAAUGAAUGUACGAAGCAAAAUCAAAGUCACCGUAAGCCAGCCCAUGUAUGGAAAUUGGGCCGUCUGACUUCCAAGUGUCUUAAACUCUCUUUCUUCUGUCUCAUAACCGUCUCAUGAAUAGAAAGGCGGAUCAGAGAUUCAGGAUAAUUGAUAUUGCAUAACGCUCAAUAAACUUUGCAUUUUAAUACCAUACAUUUACGUAACACACUCGUUGCACCGAUUUCUGUUGACUAUUCCGUGCAAUUCUCCUACUUGUCAUAAAUAAUUGUGUAACUGUUAUUAAAAAGAAGAGAACGUUUCAUUGAUUUCAUAUAAUAAAUUUCACUAUUUCCGGACAAAUCGAAGUGCUAAUAUCUCUGAUUUGCCUGAUUCUUUCGCCUCCACUUAUGAGCUACUGAUAAUAUCAAUUAUUAAAUAAACAUGAAAUCCAAUCAAACCUAUUUUUGAUUGAUAUACCCAUAAUGACCUAACCAGGGACUUGCAAGGAUAAAUUGUUUCGAUAUUUUAGGUCUAGGUAUUCGCGAUUGUUAGGGAAAGCUUUGCUCGAAUGUGGAUAGGGAGUGUAACAACGAUUGCUGACAAAAUUUUCAAACUACGUAACUGUGCGGUAUGUCCCUGAUUUGAACUUAAAUGACAUAUCGAACCAGAAUAUACAUAUGUAUGUACACAGAAAUACAAGAUGACUCAAAGAUA